CCUUCAGGUUCUUUUCGCCUUCAUUUUCUCUUCCUCUUUCUGUCAAAACACAACGGAUUGAUAUUGCAGCAAUUGAUAUUCAACCUCUGACGACAGCGGCACCCAAAUCUUGUAAACAACCACAGACCGACGACAAGCAACCAUGGACUCCUCAAACCCCCUUUCCGAUCGCGAGAAGGCGUUCGAGAACAAGUACAUCCACGACAAGGAGAGACAAAUGGCCAAGGAUAGAGCGAACAAGCAGACACAAACAGAGUCCUCCCCCUCCUCCAAGGACGCCAGUUCCACACCAAUCGAGCCAGAGGAGGGAAGUGGAGGUACAUACAAGGAAGAGAUUACCAAGCUGGCCGCCAUGCCUUCUUGAUUGCGCGGCAACAUGGGAACCUCGACAGAAGAGAAGCAAAGGGGAGGACUGAAGUCUUAGCACUCGACAUUAUUGUUUUGGAUAUCGAAGUUCCAAGUAUUUACGCAUCAUCAUCAUGGUUCUAGAAGACCCUCUCGACUAGGUCCUCGAAGCGAGUGCAACCCCAAGGCGACUCCCAAACAUUUCCAGAAGCGGGACAGGAACCGAAGCACCUCUUUUCCCUUGUUCGGUUCCGAAGGGGCAUCCGCAAUGAGGUUCUUUAAUAAGUGAGGCAUCGGGGGAAGGAUCUUUAAUUGUAAUUUUAUCUCGAAUGGACCAAUAACACACCAGGAUAAAUCUCGGCAUGAGCCGCCAUGUAAGC